AGGCGAUUAUGACUUUGGCGAAAGCCCCAGUUUAAGCUCUCAGCUCCGGGCCAGCCGGGGUCGCGCUAAUUAGACUGGGGAGUUCGUGCUUUGGCGGGAACGACGAGCCCAGGGACAUCAGAAGCCCAGCCCUCGCUGUUUCAUAUAAGCCGGAGGACGACAUGGACGCCCAGCCAUUUGCGCUCCGGAGCCUCUUUGACCGUCACCUAGUCUUGCAAGUGCGCGAGGGGAGGGGCGACUCCGGGGCUGGAGCGGCUCUUCGGCGUCCAGGCUGAGGCGCCCGCUCCCGUCACUGCAGCUGCUGACCGGGCAAGCGCCGUGCGGCGGGCAGAGGCGCCAGGCGAUGGCCACGGCUUCUCGCCUUGCCAUGGCCCAGGCCAAGGUCGGCAGCGCCAAGAACAGCGGCGGCGAGGCAGUCCAGCAAGCGGGCACGGGUCAGCAGCCCCGAGGGCGCUUCUUCCGCUCCACUUCCAUGGCGGACCGUUCCAGCCGCCUGCUUGAUUGCCUGGACCAGCUGGAGCGGAGAGUUGAAGCUUUGCGUGAUGCAGCAUCUUCAAUGGAACAAGAAAAAGAAGCUCUUCUGGAAAUGAUCCAUAAUAUACAGAAUAGCCAGGAUAUGAGGAAUAUUAGUGAAGGUGAAAGAGAAGAACUUAAUCUGACUGCCAAGCGUCUUAUGGGCCGAACCAUCACAGUUGAGGUUUCAGUAGAAACUAUAAGAAAUCCUCAGCAACAGGAAUCCCUGUUGCGGGCUACCCAGAUGAUUGAUGAAAUAGUCAAUAAACUCUUGGAUGAUUUGGAAGACUCAAAGAGCCGGUUAAUGUCACUUUAUGGAGCCUGUACAUCUGAGACACCAUCUGGACCUGUUGAUCAAAAAUUUCAGUCUGUUGUAAUUGGAUGCGCCAUAGAAGAUCAGAAGAAAAUUAAAAGACGGCUAGAGACUUUGCUUAGAAAUAUAGACAACUCUGAAAAGUCCAUCAUGCUUCUAGAAAACAAAAAAACAACUUCAAGGCAACUCUGCAACAAUGGAAAAGAUUAAAAGCUUUUGAUUAUCGUUAUGAAAAUGUUUUCUUAAAAAAGCAAAGAAAUGCUGCCAUUUUAAAAUAUAUAAUGCAUGGUCUUGUUAGUACAGGUCACAUGCCCUGAAACUGAAGGGAGUUUAUAUACCUCUUGUACAAAUCCUUGGACAUUCAGAAACAAAGAUGGAAGAAGAUAGUUCUGGAAAAAAAAUACCCUUACAUUCCUUUGAGGGGAAAAUAUGUCUGCUUCCAUUAAAAAAACCCCAACCAUCCAACUCUAAAAUGUCUUCCUAAAGCACGUCCUGAGGCAACUAUAAAUGUUACGUAUCAUAGAAGCACAUAAACACAUGAACGUUCUGUACUUUUUAUCCUAUCAACAGGCUGGCUAGAAUGUUCUGCCUUCCGUGCUUUCCUGUUCAAAGAAUACAUCUUUAAAGGGCUUGGUACAUUGAUAUAAGUAACUAAUGCCUUACUUGAGAGAAUGUAGACAUUUCAUAUCCAAAGGAUAAAUCUUUUCAUAAAUGGUAUCCCAUUUAUUCCUUUUAGUACUGUAUUGAUUUUAGGCAAUAGUGUCCCGUUAAUCCCUAGAGAUAGUUUAGCAAUAUCUAUUUUGUUCUUGAAAGAUUAAUCUAUCAUAGACAAUUCAAUUAGAUUGUAUUCCUCUUAAGUGAAUAAAUCUGUUUAAGAGAGAUGGCAAGGUGGAAAAAAUGCAAACAAAAAUUUUAUAUGUACUUCCUUAUUGCUGAAUAUUCAUAAAUAAAACAAAUCAUGUUCCAUGCAUUAAA